AUGGUUGUCGUCGAUCACCACGAGUACCUUUGCGAGGAAGAGAAGCGUCUGAAAGAAGACCGUGAGCGAACAAAAUAUUGGAAAAAAUGGGGGCCAUAUGUCUCCGAACGGCAGUGGGCGACGGUUCGUGAGGACUACUCUGAUAACGGAGAUGCUUGGAGUCACUUCUCUCACGAUCAAUCCCGAUCCAGAGCGUACCGAUGGGGCGAAGACGGCAUUGCUGGUGUCUCUGACAGCCAUGGCUUGCAGAACAUUGCCUUUGCCUUUUGGAACGAGAAGGAUGAAUUCUUGAAGGAAAGGCUCUUUGGUCUGAGCAAUCCCCAGGGCAAUCAUGGCGAGAGUAUCAAGGAGGCACACUUCCAUGUGGAUAACACACCUACCCACUCAUACAUGAAAUACCUCUACAAAUAUCCCCAGAGAAAAUUUCCCUACGAGCAGUUGAUCGAGGAGAAUGCAAAGCGAGGAAAACACGAGCGCGAGUACAACAUCAUCGACUCGGACGCUUUCAAGGACAAUCGGUACUUCGAUAUCUUCAUUGAGACAUGUAAGGAGACGGAUGACCCCGAAGAACUUCUGUUCCGAGUGACGGCAUACAACCGGGGGCCAGAGGCCGCACCUCUUCACAUCAUCCCGCACAUGUGGUUCAGAAAUACCUGGACUUGGGGGCAUGAAUCUGAGAAGCUGAAGCCGAAUGUUCGCAUGGUUGGCCCCAUGACUGCCCAGUCCAAGCACCACAAGCUGGGCACUCGGUUUUUCCAAAUGUCAGCGUCUCCCGGAUGCGGCCCGGAUGCCGAUGAUGUCCAUCCGCAACUCAUGUUUACGGAGAAUGACACCAACAAUGAACGGCUGUAUCAAGUUAAGAACAAGCAGCCGUAUGUCAAGGACGCUUUCCAUCGCUGGAUUGUUGACGAGGAGAAGGGCGCUAUCAAUCCCCGAUGUUCGGGAACGAAAUGUGCCGCGUGGUAUGACUUUGGACAAGGCGAGGGUGUUCCUCCUGGGGAAUGUGCCGUGGUCAGGUUUCGAUUGUCACGCAAGUAUGAUGGCUAUCUCAAUGAGGAGCUUCUCGACGACAUCAUGGAGCAAAGGCGCCAGGAAGCCGAUGAAUUCUACUACCGCAUUAGCCCUCUGCCAAUGGCCGAUGACCUAAGGAACAUCCAGAGACAAGCACUGUCGGGUAUGCUAUGGUGCAAACAGCACUACUACUUUAUUUGGGAUCAAUGGGCCAACGGUGACCCCAAUAUGCCUCCACCACCGCCUAACCGGAAGAACGUCCGAAACUCACAUUGGAAGCAUAUGUAUCUCGAUGACAUACUGUCCAUGCCCGACUCCUGGGAGUAUCCAUUCUUUGCUGCAUGGGACUCUGCCUUCCACUGCAUCCCCCUUGCCAUGGUUGACCCCGAGUUUGCAAAGAAACAGCUCGAUCUGUUCACUCGAGAAUGGUACAUGCAUCCUAAUGGGCAGUUGCCCGCGUAUGAGUGGAACUUUGGAGACGUCAACCCGCCUGUGCAUGCUUGGGCUGUUUUCAGAACCUUCAAGAUUGAACGAAAAAUGUACGGUCGACAGGAUCUCGACUUUCUCGAACGUGUUUUCCAAAAGCUGCUCCUCAACUUUACGUGGUGGGUCAACCGCAAAGAUUUCGACGGCAAGAAUGUGUUCGAAGGCGGUUUUCUAGGUCUGGACAACAUCGGCUUGUUCAACCGCUCCGAACCUUUGCCCACAGGAGGUGUGCUUGAGCAGGCAGACAGUACAGGGUGGAUGGCUUUCUACUGCCUUUGCAUGCUCAACAUCUCUCUGGAGCUGGCCAAGCAUCGACGUACUUACGAAGACAUUGCUUCCAAAUUCUUUGAACACUUCAUCCUAAUAUCCGAUGCCAUGACAUUCAGGUCGGGUGGACAGGAGACAAGUUUGUGGAACGAUGAAGACGGCUUCUACUAUGAUGCGAUCUCUUGGGGCGGGCCUUGGACGCAGCAGAUGCCUGUACGAUCCCUGGUUGGCCUGAUUCCACUGUAUGCUGUCCUGACUCUCGAACCGGAGCUUAUCAACAAAUUUCCCAAUUUCAAACGCAGAAUGGACUGGUUUAUUGAGAAUCGCCACGACGUGGCAGAACGCAAUAUCGCCUCUAUGCGCAAGAGAGGUAAAGACCAGCGCCUCUUGUUGUCGUUAGUCAGCAAGGACAGGCUGGAAAAGAUCCUCAAACGAAUGCUCGAUGAGACUGAAUUCCUGUCUGAUCACGGCAUCCGAAGCUUGUCCAAAUACCAUGAAAACCAUCCGUACAGCAUGGACGUGAACGGUCAGAAAUUUGGCGUCAGCUAUGUUUCUGGAGACUCGGAUUCCGGCCUCUUUGGCGGCAAUUCCAAUUGGCGUGGGCCUAUCUGGAUCGCUGUGAACUUUUUGCUUGUCGAGUCUCUCCUCCGAUUCUACAUGUUCUACGGCACCAGCUUCCAAGUCGAGUGCCCCACAGGCUCCGGUGAAUACAUGCAUCUGGGCCAUGUGGCAGAAGAGAUCCAGCAUCGUCUGCAACAUCUUAUGGUCCGGGACCACGAAGGCCGCCGGGCGAUCAACGCAGGCAACGACACGCUCGACUAUGAUCCACACUGGAGAGACUACUUGUGGUUCUUUGAGUUCUUUGACGGUGAUACGGGCCGUGGACUCGGAGCCUCGCACCAGUGCGGCUGGACUGGUCUGAUGGCCAAGAUGAUCCACGACACCGGUAUCAAUUGCCGCCUGCCUCAGACUCCAAGGACUCCUUCCACAGCUGCGUCUCACUACUUUGACGACAUCUACGGCCGCGGCCUUACCAGGAAGAACACGUAUGUUGGAACCCCAGGUCCAGGGCCGCGCAUGCGACGAUCGUCGACGUCUCGGUCCCUUGGGAACCGGUCCAGCUUCGUGUCCAGCGUCAACGGCGACGAUGCAGAGUCCCAGAACGGCGAUAACCACGGCUAUUUCCCCAAAGUGCCGUCUCAGACUGCAAUGUCCGAGUCAGACGCGUGGGGCGAGGAGGACAAGCUGGAGAAGGAGCGUCGCAAGAGCGUCGCUGACACCCACUUCGAAAAAUACGUCGGAGAGCAGCUUGAUCGACUCAAGACCGAGGAGAGUGUUGCCGUUUACGAGGAUGAGUUUGAAGCUCAAUUGGAUUAA